AUGACUUUCUUGCGCCUAGCAAUCCGGCGUACGCUCCCGGGCAUUUCAUUGCAUGGUCAAGCCGCUCGCCUGGCUGUCUCUGUCCGCUUUUACGCGUCGAAAAACAAACAAACGAAGUCAAAGAAUUCCAAAUCUUCCAGCCCGGCCGAAGAAUCGCACUCGAAACCCAAAGGCCCGCUCAACACCUCUGCGCUCGUGCCAGGCUCGCAAGCGAUCCAUUCGUCCCCGGAAUAUGUCUCUACGCAGCAGAAGAUGUCCGCCGCGGUGGACUAUUUCCGCAAGGAGACCUCCGUGCUCGAGAGCCGCGCGAGCGGGCGCGUCAUGCCGUCGCUGCUCGACCCCGUGCGCGUCACGCUGAAGGACGGCGAGCGCGUGAAGCUGGACGAGGUUGCGACGGUGGGCGUACGGGACGGAAGUGUGCUGGUUGUAACCGUUUUCGAGGAGGGCAAUCUCAAACACGUCGAGACCGCUAUUUAUGAUGCGAAGAUCCCCAGCGUCGUGCCGCAGAAGCAAGACAGCCGCACGAUCCGGAUACCCAUACCCAAGCCUACUGUAGAAGCCCGCCAUGCACUCUACACCACCGCCCACCGGCUUGCGGAAGAGUGUCGUGUGCAGAUUCGGAAGCAUCACUCCGCCGCUCUCAAGAAGGGCAAGUUCGACAAGCACUCCAAGGAGAUCGAGGAGUUCCAAAAGCUCACGGACCAGCAGAUCGCGGAGGUCGAUAAGAUUCUGACGCAGAUGAAGAAGAACUUGGGUGUUCGGUGACGCCGAUGCUUAUGUCCAGAACGUGGUUUGGAAGUGGGUCAUAGUGCGAACAGCGGACAUGUCCAAUGUCGUGAACUGAUCCAAGGCAGUCGCUAUGUCUCUUACUUGUACUAAUCUGCGAAUGAUUUGAUUCAAG